CGAUGACAAGAAAUGGAAAUUUGAGCACUCCACCAAUAAAUGGUCGAUAAUCUAUGAAGAAAUUUUAAUACUUCAAAGAUUGGAAGAAGAAAAUUCAUCUUGACCUAGCUGAAAACAAAUGACUUUCCUUUUUUACCCCUUAAAAAUCUCCACUACCAUUAACUUUUAAUGCAAUCAAAGGAAUUUCUAGAAACGAGUAACGCUCAUAUCCCCAUUCCUGACUUGUUCGUUGUUGUAUUCCGUCAAAACCAUAGAAUUUGGCCUUAGCUUGGAAAACAGUUGUUCACAGAGUCUGGAGUUAUUUUUAUUUGAGUCCCUCUCUUUCUUCACUACCUGUUUGCAGGAAUAAUAUCUUCAACAAGUUUUGCUUUUAUUUGAACUCCUUUUUCCCCUUCGUUUUCUUCCCCAGUUUCUUGGUUGCACUGCUUUUUGUGGGAGAAAGGAGAGGGUACAUAUGCGUAAUCUUCUUCUCUUUGGUUUUAGUCUUACUUGUCUAUUUGUCCUUCAUAAAACUUCAUCAGCAGCAGAUACCUUAACUCCAAAGCAAUCUAUUAUAGAUGGCCAAGAGCUUACUUCUGCUGGACAAUUUUUUGUUCUUGGAUUCUUCAGCCCUGGAAACUCCAAAAGUCGAUAUGUAGGGAUAUGGUAUAAAAAUAUUACGCCCCAAACUGUCGUUUGGGUUGCGAACAGAGAGAAACCACUGAAUGACUCAAGUGGGAAAAUCGCAUUCGGUGCUGAUGGGAAUCUUGUUCUCUUGGAUGGAAAAGAGAACCUUAUGUGGUCUUCAAUUUCCUCAAGAGCAAUUCAAGCUCCAAUUGCAAAGCUGCUAGAUUCUGGGAAUUUUGUUUUGAUUAAUGGAAAAGGUGAUUCUGGAAGUUAUAUGUGGCAAAGCUUUGAUCACCCUACUGAUACUUUGUUACCAGGCAUGAGGCUAGGUUGGGAUAAGAAUUCAGGCCUAAACAGGUACUUGACUUCUUGGAAGAGUGAAAAUGACCCAUCUAAAGGAAACUUUAUCUACAUCUUUGACCGUGUUGAAUUUCCUGAAAUAGUUCUUCGCGAGGGAUCCAUUAUCAAGUUUCGGAGUGGAAUUUGGAAUGGUGUUGGAUUAAAUGCGGACAUUUGGACAUCAUUUACAGCCUUCAAGCCAGAACUAUCAGUAAGUGACAAUGAGGUAGUAUAUUGGAAUGACCCAGGAGAUUUACUUACAAGGUAUGUAAUGAGAUAUGAUGGGCUAGCUGAAAGAUAUAUAUGGGACACCCAUACUCUAAAGUGGACUAAUAUCUAUGAGGCAAGAAGAGACUCUUGUGAUAAUUAUGGAAUUUGUGGGGCAAAUAGUAUCUGCAAUAUCAAUAGGAUCCCUGUUUUAUGUGAUUGCUUGAUUGGCUUCAAACCUAAAUCUCAAGAAGAAUGGAAUGCAUUUAAUUGGUCUGGAGGAUGCACUAGGAGGAAGCCAUUAAACUGCACCCAGGUUGACAAGUUUGAAAUGUUAAGCUGGGUGAAAUUGCCAAUGUUACUGGAAUAUUGGACUCAAGAUAAUAUGACUCUUCAAGAAUGUAAGAUGAAGUGCUUGGAGAACUGUUCUUGUACAGCUUAUGCAAACUCCGCUCUCAAUGGAGGGCCUCAUGGCUGCUUGAUUUGGUUUGGCAACUUGGUUGACAUGAAGGUUCUCCAAACUAGAGUAGGUCCACAACAGGACCUCUAUGUGAGGUUAGCCGCAUCAGAAGUAGGUAUGUACUGAUUCUACUGCUGCCUUAGUACAGUAGAAAUUGCUGCUUUUACAAUGUCUGUUCUAGUAUAGAAGCAGAGAAUUGGAAUCCCAGCUUCUUCUCAGUCUUGCUCACAAACUUCAGCCUAGGCUUGUAAUUAUCUUGCAUUGAACUGUUGCAGUGACAUGUUAUGUUAUUAGCUCAACUUAUAUUUUCAUAGCCAACCAUUUGACAUGGGCAGCAUUGAUAGAGACAAUAUGCUCAUCUACUAAUACUUCAGUGGACUUUAUUAUUGAUACUCUUGCACACGCGUGCGUGUUUUUAAAGAUGCGUUCAUGCUUAGAAUCAUUAUUGUCUUCAUUUUUUUCAUGGA